CUGUGUUUGUCAGCUUUGGUUUUCCCUCUUCAUUGCUGGGCAUUUGUUCAGAUUGCGCAACCUGACUAGAGCGGGUGAGAUGUGGACAUGUCGGAGGCAUGUUCUUUGCGGUGUCGCCUGCGGUCAUUUUAGGAUUGAUGCUCUUUAAGGACUUCAGCUUUUCUUCGUAGCCAAUCUUGAGAUAGCAGUAGCAUACAAAUGUACCUUUUGGUUGCUGGAGUCUUCUUCUAAAGACCUAAAGAAGGUGUAGUGUGCAAGUGGCGGUCGCAGGACUUAACAAUAUAUUGUUUUUUGAACAAAGGUUUUCCCUGAAAUAGUAACUUCCAAUAUUUCAUUGUUGGGGAAUCCAAUUUCACUGUGGAUUUCCUCUCUUGGAUGUUGGAAAUACAUAACUUCUGUAAACAUUACCACUCUGUUUUGUUAUUGUUGAGUUGUGGCCAAGGUUGUAUGCUUGUUGUAGUCGUUUAAAGUUGAUGUGCAUGAAUUUCACUUUCAAUCAAUAUUUUUGUAAAAUCUUUGCAAAUAUGAAUAUUCUAAUUUGAAUGUAUUUACUUUUUUAAUAUUCCGGGUUGUGGUGUGUUCUUCAAUCAACCAAGGGCUGUGCUGUGGUUGAGUUUAGGACCGAGGAACUGAUGAGGAAAGCUGUGGAGAAGGUCAACAAGCACAACCUCAAUGGGCGUCCCCUGAAAGUGAAGGAGGACCCCGAUGGUAUGAUCGCUCAGAGAGAAACCAGCAAGAGCGGAGGCCCCCAAGGUGGCAUGGGAGGAAUGGAUAGAAUGGGCCCUGCACCAAAUGGCCCCAUGGUGAAUAUCCCUCCCAGCCUGAUGAACAACCCCAGCAUUCCCAUGGAGGUUAUCAAUGGCCUGCAAGCGGGACGGAUCGGCAACACAGUGUUUGUUGCAAAUCUUGACUACAAGGUGGGCUGGAAGAAGCUGAAGGAGGUGUUCGGCAUGGCCGGCAUGGUGAUGAGGGCGGACAUUCUCGAGGACAAGGAGGGCAAGAGCAGAGGCAUGGGCACAGUAACGUUUGACCUGCCCAUUGAAGCCGUCCAAGCUGUGUCCAUGUUGAAUGGACAACUGUUGUUCAACCGGGUCAUGCAUGUAAAACUGGACGAAAAGUCAAUGCCCAAAGAUUUUGGACCACCUGACAGAGGUUCUUCUCUUCCUCGUGGCCUGAGUGGUAUCGGAUUGGGUUUGGGGCCUGGAGGCCAGCCCAUUGAUGCUAACCAACUCAACAGAGGAGGUGGCGGCGGUGCAAUGGGUAACAUGGGUGCUGGAGUUCAAAGCUUUGAACAGCAGGAAACACGUGCAGAUUCACCAAGCAUCACCUACGGAGUGGAUGGAAUGGGCUAUGGCAGCAUGGGAAAUCGAAUGAGCGGAGGAAUUGACAACUUUGGCGGAAUGCACAACAUGGACCGUUUCGGCUCUUCCGGGAUGUCCAGAAUAAAUGAUAUGGACCGAGGGAUCGGUGGCGGUUUCGACCGGGAGUUUGGUCGAAAUGAGAUGGGCAUGUCUCGCAGCAGUUUUGGAGAUUCCUUUGAUCGAGGAAAUUCCAUGGGUAUGGACCGCAUGAACGUUGCAAUGGACCGUCUGGGAUCAACCAUGGAUCGCAUAGGAAGCCUGGAUAGGAUGGGCCUGGACAGAAUUGACCGCCCGUCCGACUUGGACCGGAUGGGCUCUGGCUUUGACCGGAUGGGCUCUGGCAUGGACCGGCUCGGGCCAAGUCUGGACAGACUGGGCACAGGUGUCGACCGCAUGAGCUCCAGCAUGGAUCGCCUCGGCCCAACCGGGUUCGACCGCUUGGGCCCUUCUAGUUUGGAUCGCAUGGGUGCAGGUCUGGACUAUGGCGCCCCGAUGGGCAUGGAUCGCAUGGGCAGCGCCGGGCUUGACAGAAUGUCCAGCAACUUUGACCGCAUGGGCUCCGCUGGCGGUCUUGACCGCUUCCCGUCCAGCGGCCUGGAUCGUAUGAGCUCCGGAAUGGACCGGAUGGGAUCCGGUGGUGUCGGUCAGUUCGAUCGUUCCGCCGACUUGGAUCGUGGAUUUGGAGGCAAUUCCUUUGGAAAUGCUGGAGCUGGAGGCCCUGGUGCAGGAGCAGGAAAUCUCAGAAAGGGAUGCCAGAUCUUUGUUCGAAACCUGCCGUUUGACUUCACCUGGAAGAUGCUGAAGGAUGCAUUCAAUACGUGUGGUAUGGUGCAGUAUGCCGAUAUCAAGAUGGAGAAUGGCAAGUCCAAGGGCUGCGGCGUCGUCCGCUUCGACAACCCGGAGACCGCCGACCGCGCCUGCCGCACCAUGAAUGGCUACCGCCUGAACGGAAGAGAAAUCGACGUCAGGAUUGAUAGGAAUGCAUAAGUUUCUGCAGGUGACCUGUCGUCUAGUCACUGACGCCCAUUACAUUAUGACCGGAAGUUUCUUGCCAGCCUGUCCACUCGGUUCUUUGUGACAGUGAAAUUGUUUUAGUUAGUGUAGCGGAUUUUAGUUUGUACAUUUGACUUUUUUUAGAGACCAAAUUUCUCCUCCGACAUCCUUCACCUGUCUGCUUUGUCUUCAAAGUGUUUUGAUAAUAAACCAAUGAUUGUCUUGGCCUUC